CUCUUCAGUCUCGCGUAUUUUUUUUUUUUCUACGUGCGGCGAGGCCUCACUGACAAAAUAAAAACGAUAGUAGAGGGUGUAAAAUACGGCCUCACGCGUAUUUUAAUGGCCAUAUGAAACACCCGUAAAUCGUGUACUCUCUUUGGUUAUGAGUAGCUCACCGAAGAAAGACUGUUGUUUAGGUGAUUUAUCAUUCACUCAGGUGAACUGAUGGCUUCUUCACAGGGGAAUAAAUCAACGCUCAUCUGGGGAAUUAAUUGUAAUGCUGAUUGAUAACGUUGUUCGGUGGCUGUAGACAGUAACACGUUUUUCCAAUUGUGUGAUAACGUUUAUUGUGACGGUAAAUUUUUUUCAAAAAUUUUUUUUUUUAUCUACUGGGCUGAGUUAAUUUUUGUAAUGGUGAACGAUUGAGUACAGGUGGUUGAUGUACCCGAAGCACACGAUUUGUCGUACUGUUUAUCCAUUGUUAACGGUGGUAAUCCAGGGUGACAAUCACAGUUGGGCCUUGAUAGACAAUCUGAUAAUACCUGUGAUCGUGUACUCGUGCUGUAGGUCAUUCACACUUGGGUGUCAACUGGCAAAGGCAACGUGUGGUGGAGACGACAGGAGUGGGUGGAAUACUGGUCCAGUGGGUGCUAGAGAGGCUGUUUAGGACCUCUGCUGACUCAGCCCAGCCACCAAAUUGACUCGCGCGAAGUAGAAAUGCACGACUAAUGCGAGAACGUUGGAGGCAGCUACGAAAGCCAGUGCUCCGUGAAGAGUCAUUUCCAUUUGUUCCCCGGAGUGUUUGAAGAUAUCCCGUAAAUCAGGGCGCAACGAGACAUCCAAAGAAUCCAUUUUUGGGUAUGACGGCCAAGUCGGGGGGCCGGCAGGCGUCGUUGAAGGUAUCUAGCGAGUAGCAAGAGGUCCCUCGAGCAUUUCAGUGUUACGGAGUAAUUGACAAUUGGAGAAGAUAAAGUCAAGAAAAAAUUUCUCCCAACAUUCUCAUCAAGGAGGGAGGUGAAUGACAGGAGAAUGUGGACCUUCGAGCAAUAGCAAUUGUGGAUGUAGAAAGCCCCCGUUAACUUGGACAGAGUGGUAAUAAUCAACAAGAGGUGGUGUUGUUGAGAGGUGUGACAGGGGGUUUUCUUGUUGGUAGUGACGUGUGAAUAGUACACAAGCGCAGGGGAGGAUAAACACCUUGGAAUAUAUUCAUUUAGAGUCCUUCCUCCCCCCCUCCGCCCUCCCAGCCCCCGUGCUAUUGUCGUAAAAGAGUACGAUGAUGUGGAAACUGGAGGAAGGAUGUAAAAUUUUGAGAGUGAAAAGGGAAAGAACGAGAAAUGCACAAGUUCGCCUGAGGCUCGAGAGCUGGAUGUUGAGCAUCUCCUUCAUCAUGCUGCUUGCAUCGCUGCCACAUGAAAGCAAUUGCGGAGCUCAUGAGAGGGCGCUCCUUAACAAUCUCCUCGCCAAGUACAACACCCUGGAGCGACCGGUGGCCAACGAGAGCGAACCGCUUGAGGUCAAGUUUGGCAUAACGUUGCAACAAAUUAUCGAUGUGGAUGAGAAGAAUCAGAUCCUCACAACGAAUGCGUGGCUCAAGCUGGAGUGGACGGACUACAACCUCCAGUGGAACGAGAGUGACUAUGGCGGGGUGAAGGACCUCCGGAUAACGCCGAAUAAGUUGUGGAAGCCCGACGUCCUCAUGUACAACAGUGCGGAUGAGGGUUUUGACGGGACGUACCAAACAAACGUGGUGGUCACGCAUAACGGCAGUUGCCUGUACGUCCCACCGGGCAUCUUCAAGAGCACAUGCAAGAUAGACAUCACUUGGUUCCCCUUUGACGACCAACACUGUGACAUGAAGUUCGGAUCCUGGACCUACGACGGCAACCAGCUCGAUCUCAUACUCAACUCGGAGGAGGGAGGUGACUUGUCCGAUUUCAUCACGAACGGGGAGUGGGACCUCAUCGGAAUGCCUGGCAAGAAGAAUACGAUAAUUUAUCAGUGCUGUCCGGAGCCAUACGUCGACGUUACAUUCACGAUACACAUUCGCAGGAGAACGCUGUAUUAUUUCUUCAAUCUCAUUGUACCAUGUGUACUUAUAUCGAGCAUGGCACUGCUCGGUUUUACGCUGCCGCCAGACUCCGGGGAGAAGCUCACCCUAGGAGUGACCAUUCUGCUGUCGCUGACAGUCUUCCUGAACCUCGUUGCCGAGAGCAUGCCGACAACGUCGGACGCUGUCCCAUUAAUAGGGACAUACUUCAACUGCAUAAUGUUCAUGGUGGCAAGUAGCGUGGUACUCACUGUCCUGGUACUCAACUAUCAUCACAGGACGGCCGAUAAUCACGAGAUGCAGCAAUGGGUGAAAACGGUGCUUUUGCAGUGGCUCCCCUGGCUACUGUGUAUGCAUAGACCAGGAAAAAAAAUUACGCGGAAGACUAUUAUCAUGAGCAACAAGAUGAGGGAGAUUGAGCGGCAUAAUAAAUCCAGCAAGAGCCUCAUAGCCAAUGUCGCCGAUAUGAAUGAUGAUUAUCGAUGCAGGAGCACCAUGUAUCCUAGUAUGCCGUCUCCGUACGCACGCGGAGGUGGACACGAUACACCUGGCAGGCCAUCGACAGUCGAUGAAACGGCUGCAUCAAUGCCACUCAGUGGUACCCAGAGGGAGCUCCAGACGAUUCUCAAGGAGCUCCAGUUUAUCACUAAGAGAAUGAAAAAGGCUGAAGUCGAGGCGGAGAUCAUCAGCGAUUGGAAAUUUGCUGCGAUGGUCGUUGAUAGGCUAUGCCUGAUACUUUUUACGCUGUUCACGGUGAUCGCAACAAUAACCGUGCUUUUAUCAGCGCCACAUAUAAUCGUCCAGUAGUAAACUGCCCAGGCCCAGCCAGCAACAAACCUUUCCGAAGAAGCCUCCUCCUAAUACAAGUAGAAACGAGAGAACGAGUCGUUCGAGUCGAGAUAAAGUGGCUGUGAACUAGCGAAGUGGACGAACUAGUUUCACAGAAAAAAAGCUGCGCCGCCCGGGGGGCAAAAGGAAGAAGGGCCAAACUUCCGGCGAGCUAGAGGGAAAAAAAAAAGAUCGGGCCAGUAGUUCCGAGAGUGCAACGAGAAACAAAGUACUUGUAACGCGCCUCCACGGCAGUCCCUCCUCUCCAGGAAGAAAAAAAAAUCCACUAUCGCCCUCUCAACUCCGGGAGUUCCAGGCGCAGGGAGAAUAUGUAAGACCAAGUGAAAGACGUGUCUCACACGACUCGUUCAAUCUCGAUUGUGGCAAAUGGAGGAAAACUCUUCAACUAUAUCCAAAAAAAAACCAACAACACUGAAAACACUCAAAAGCAAACUCUCCAACAACUUCCAUUUCAACAUCUUCCACUUCUCGACGUUAUUCUCCGCGACGCGAGAGCAUCGGGCCUUCCACUAAUUCCGGCAGACAUCCACCCGAUUUCCACGUGGAGUUGAAGCACUUGGAGAAGUCAUACAGGACUGUUACACCGGUACGUCGUGACACGACAGUCACUGAACAUUCGCGGUCUCUAUGAUUUUUCUGACUGGCUAAAAUCCCGGAAAACAAAUUCCUGGCGGAACUGACUGCCGGAGUUUCCUCACUACCAUCGCCUGCAGCGAGUCCUUAACACACUGUAGCCACUGAAAUGUUAAUGACUCACUGCUGAAGAUGCGGAAAUAAAACAACGAUGCUCAAAGCUCGCGUUGCAGCAAAUAAUAGAAAAAAACAAAUACAUAUGUGCAAGUUUUUUUUUUCUUACUACCGCCGCGCGCGAAUCGAGACAGAAACGAUAAUCAUAAAAGAAAUACUAUUAAAGAACAAAAUCGAUGAUAGAUUAUAUAACACGUGUAAACAUAAACACAAACUGCCAGAUCGAUUCGCCCGCUCGAGAGUGGUGAAAAAAUGGAGGGGAAAUGAAAAAAUUUUGAGAAAUUUCUCAUUCCCUUCUCAAUGGGAAUAUUUCUCGUCUAAGAUAUUAAUACUUAAUGUGUAAUUACGUAGGUGUAUAAUACGCUAUCGAGCGCCGAAUUCAGUUUAUCUCCGCGUUAUGUAAAUAAUAUAUUUUAAUUCAAAAUUAUUUGAAAUUAGUUGUGAGCGAUUUACGAAUUUUAUCGCAAUGAGAUUUAUUUCACUACGUUUGCGCGCUAAACGGGGAUGUGUUUGUUUGGGGGAGAGCCCGUGGGGUAAAAGGUGAAUUUUAAUCUAAAGUGUUCAUAUAUGUCUGUUAAAAUGCGUCGCGUUUCGUCGAUAACACGUGCGAUCGUCGAGGCUCCUAUAAUCUUCGUUAAAUAACGAAAUACUAAUUAAAUGGAGGGGAAAAGGUCGCAGUAACGAUCUCUUUUUUUAUUCCUUGCUGAACUGUCGCACGUGACUGGAAAAAAAACUGAUAACACACUUUUUAUUUCGCGUCUUUCGGGCCCGUUCCCUGAUGAAGUGCUGUCAACUCGACUAAAAUUCAAUUUAGAUGUUGUUCUUUUGCUGUUACUUUUAUUUUAAUUUUAUUGCGAUGGUUUAACGAGUGGAAUCACAGACGAAAUGGGAAAUAUGUUGAUGACACAUCAUCAGAAUUUGAUGAGCGCCACGGAAAAAUGAAUACAAAGGGUGUAAUUGCGUUUUUGUGUGCUGCGGAUUGAGGGUAAAUGGCUUUCAGUAAUUUAGUUUUUGACGUAUACGCCAGGUCAUGGAGUUUUAGGGAACUUCGGGGUGUCAGAGAGAGGAUUGACAAUACAAUUAUUCGGACUCAUUGUUUUCCCAGGCUUUGAGAGGUCUAAUACUGCUAGUUAAUUCACCCCUGUCCAGAAUGCAAUUUUUACGGCUGACAGAGACGUUCGUUAGGAUUUUGCCGCUUGACAAAGGGAGACAGUUUCAUUUGGUGGUUGUAAUAUAUUUUUUUAGAGUCGUUAUCAAUGUGGAGUAAAUGAAAAAGUUAUUAGAGAUUAAAUUAAUCCUUCAAAAUGUUUUGUUUUUAUUGCAAAAAAAAUUACUAAUGAGAUGGAUGAUGGCGUGGUUAAUGAGAAGAGUUUUCAUAACUUUGGAAAAUUUCCGAUAAUUGGAUAACAUAUAUAUUCCGAGCUCCCGAAAAAUUAUUGUCCUUAGAAUAUCCUGAAUUAAUCUAUUGAAUUUAUCCUCUCAGAUGAAUUGAUUUUCUCUACAAAUUAUGGGACAGUUAAAUUCAAUUUGUAAUCACCAAACGUUCUCCCCUUGAAAUUUCGCGGAAUAAGUUAAAAGCCCCGUAAAUAAUCCGCGAAUAUGUUAUUCGAAAUUCGGGAAACUUUUGGCAAUUGCCUCCGACAAUCCUCGAUAGUCGUACAGCAUCCGACAUUUUUAUGAAAUCUCCAAUUGCUCCAUUGAAUUAUAUCCCUCCCCCAAGUGCUCCCUCAGCUACUCACCAGUAAUAAAAAACGCCCCGUCGAAAGAGAAUAAAAUACUAGGCGUGGGCCGUCUAAUUAUGAUCUAUAGACGUAGACGUCACUGGACCGGGCACCAUCCGAAGCUUAUAAAUUUUCCCGGGGAAGGCCGACGCCAGGAUGGAAAGGCUAGUCCCACUUGGACCUCCACGCCGUAAUUCAUUGUAGAGCGAAGGGAAUAAAGCUGUCUCGCUUCCGUCCACCUCUCGCACCCUCACUACCCCUCGUCCGUUGUACCGAUGGCCGAGGACACUGCCGGAAGUAUUGAUACCCAUCCGUGCAAUUAAUUAACCCUGCAAUGAUUAACUUGUUACAUUUUAAUGUUCAAUGCCAUCCAUACAUCUCGACUGGGGAAUUAUCGAUUGUCACUAGAUCUGUUGAAUUAAAUACACUCACAAUCAGUUUGAUUAAAUUACAAUGAAUUUCAUUACAGAAAAUAGAGACGGAAAUUGACUUUCAAUAUGUCAAUUUGAUAAUUCUAUUUCAUAUCUUAUUUACUUAUGUUUUUCGUAUAAUUGAGGUGUGCUUAAUUAUUUUGGGGGUAUUUUUAGUCACGUGCGCGUCAGCGGAAAUAAAGAGAGAUCAAUUGGAAUUAUCAAAGAUAAUUGAAAGCCUCGACCUCGCACGUUGACAAGAAUAUAAAGAAACCGUCGAGCGUCGUCUGAGAAUGUGUCGAGAAUAUCAACCUGCUGUCCGCUGUCUCCUAUCAACCCCUCUAAUCAUGCGCUGGGCUUGAAGCUGACAUAGCAAAUAAUAAAAAUAUAAACUAGAGACUGGAUUCUCGUGGGACUGUUCUCCCAAUCCUCUUUCAAUGCCAAUGAGGAUCCACCGUAAGGCGAGUGAUCGGCGCUCGGAUCACCGGGCUGCCAUUGUCACUGAAAAUAAUAAUGAACAAAUAAAACACCGUUCAAACAACGUUAGAACGUUUAAUGAAGUAAUGAAUAAACCUCAAUGAUGAUGAAGUGUUCCGAUAAAUAAAUGAUUUAAAAUAGGUAUCGAAUAAACAUAUAAAUAUUGUACACAGUUGAUAUGAUAUUUAUUAAUUUGGUGAAAUUGUGUAUUUAAAUGCGCGAUGUGGAAGUGUUGAGGACUUCAGCCUCAGUCUGAUUGAGCUGGAGAAUGUAAGAAUGGUCAAUGUUAUUCCAGUCAUAUCCGCGAUUGAUGAUAAUUAGGGCGCUCGGUCUCGUGAUACUGUCCUCCGAUGUGCGUGUGUUUCCGGCAUGUAUCGCAUUCGAUGACGAUAGGGGGAAUGUACAGAAAUGAACUCUCGUUUUCCAACCACGAAGCAAACACCUAAUUAUAUUUCGUACUACCGGGGGGCGACGAAAAUUGUGUUAAACACUUGCAUUCAGCAGUGGUAUUCAUGUUAAUUGGAUACACGAUAAUUCCGCGGAGGGG